AUGGCUCGUCGCGUCGUCUUUCGAUUAUUCGCUCCAUACCACUUGCUAGUGGCGCUCGUCCUCGUCUCGCUCCUCCUCUCCCUGCUGCCCUCGUCGCACGCGCAGCAGCCGGGCAUAUCGACGAAGAUGGCGAGGGAGAUUCAGCAGGCCAAGAAGCAGCUCAAGAAGAUGCGCAUAUUCGGACCAAUCAACGACGUCAUCGACCUCAUACGUACGGCUGCUUGCGGGGAGAAGGGGUGGGGGAAGCGGGGUUCCUUCCUUAGAUUCGCAAUUAGGGUUGGGCAUCGCUGGGCGGGAGAGUUCACAGGCGGGAACGCGGCGCCCAUCUUUGAGAAUUUUCGUAGUCCUUCCCUGCAGCGGAAGCUUUUUGAGUACUUCUCCAGCCGUUCAGCCAACCAUGAAGACGCCAAAGCGCUCUCUUGUUUCAUCACGGCCCGCGCUCGUCUUCACUGUCGCGGCAACAACGAGCGUCCGUGCAUUCGAGCUUUGCUCUCGCCGUUGAGUCAAUUUCUCUCCCCUCCCUCCUUCCCCCUCAUUCCCCUCCCCUUCCCUCCCCCUUCCUCUCCCCUCCUUGCCCCACACUCCUCUCUCCUCCUCUACCUACACUCCUCUUCCCUCCUCUCCCCUCCACUUCGUUCCCCUCCGUCUCCCUCCAUCCCUCUUCCCGCUCUUCCUCCCGCGCAGAGACUGACAUCACUCAUCCCACUGAACGGGGUGACCAUCCUGCUGCCGCUGCACGCGCGCACCAUCCGCUUCUUCAUGGCGGCCUUCUCCUCGCAGAAGCAGCAGCAGCUCAUCGCCUACCACAUCCUGCAAGGCCGCUACGACUACCGCCGCCUGCGCUACCAGCCGCGCGGGCGGCGGCUGAGAACACUGGAGGGCACGAGCCUGGUGAAGCGCGGGCGCAAGGGCGGGCUGCUCGUGGCCGUCAAGGGCAAGGGCGGCGUGCCCGUGCCGAUUGUGAUGCCGAAUCUGUUCAACGGGUCGCAGUUCACCAUCCAUGCCGUGUCCGAGAUGGUCGUGCCGCAUGACAUUUAUUGA